AUGGCCCACGCCACUAUGCUUGCGCGACGACAGCUUGCCUCGAGCUCUUUGAGCACCAGAGCUACCAGCAUCGUUGGCCUCGUCCAGCAACGAGGCUAUGCGACACCUCACGGUCCUCCCCCCGCCAACUUCCGAACGAGCAAGCCUGUGAAGUGGACGUGGGAUAAUGAUAGCACCCUGGACCGCAUGGGAAAGUUUUUCCUCAUGACCGAGAUGGCGAGGGGCAUGUAUGUCCUGCUUGAGCAGUACUUCCGACCACCUUACACCAUUUACUACCCCUUCGAGAAGGGCCCUAUCUCUCCCCGAUUCCGUGGUGAGCACGCUCUCCGACGAUACCCCUCUGGCGAAGAGCGAUGUAUUGCUUGCAAGCUCUGCGAGGCUAUUUGCCCCGCCCAGGCCAUCACCAUUGAGGCUGAGGAGCGAGCUGAUGGAUCCCGCCGAACCACCAAGUACGAUAUCGACAUGACCAAGUGCAUUUACUGCGGUUUCUGCCAGGAGUCUUGCCCCGUCGACGCCAUCGUUGAGUCGCCCAACGCCGAGUACGCUACCGAGACCCGAGAAGAGCUUCUGUACAACAAGGAGAAGCUUCUCUCCAACGGUGACAAGUGGGAGCCCGAGCUGGCAGCCGCCAUCCGCGCCGACUCGCCAUACCGAUAA